AUGCGUGGUGCGCUUGGUCAGCUAGUGCAAGAAGAACGUUGGAUGGACUGCUUGGAAAAAGCAAUACAAAUCCUGAAGGUGGAGAAGAAAGUGGAAAAUAUUCAGCUGGAUGUUUACAGGCAAACGUGCAAAUGCCAUCUUCACGCCGGGCACAUCGCAGAAUCGAUAGAAGCUUGUUCAGAGGUACUCAAAUACGGAGAUCCAAACGACGUUGAUGUCCUCUGCGAUAGAGCAGAGGCUUACCUCACUAACGAGCAAUAUGAUGAUGGUGUGUCCCAGUUUUUAUGCGUUUUUUUGCAGCAAUGCAAUGCGAAAAACGCAUAUUGA